GAGAGAGAGAGAGUGAGAGAGAGAGAGGGAGAGAGAGAUAGCGCAAUAUGUUCACUGCGCCAGACCAUAUCAGACCAGUCUACUGUUUGACAAGUUUGUGGAGAGGACUCCUCCUCAAACAGAGCCAGAUUCUCUUUUCAAGUGGAAUAUGAAUGAUUGAUAUCCAGAAUAUAUUUGAUCAAAGGAUGACGAAGUGCUCUUAAGAUGUUCUUUGGAUUUGAGAUUCACCAGUUACAGACUCUGUCACAAGUUUGGAAGGAAUCUUGUGGAGUUCAGGAGGGUGUAUGUUAGCUCAUCAACCCUAGAUGUGAUCCCUUUGCAUGAAUCCUAUCUUCAGACGUCCAUAAUUUGACUUGUGUAUGAUAUUUGUUUUGGUAACCUCCUUUAAUACUAAAUUUGCUGUGAAACACACACUAAACUAAUCAUUCUGUCGAGUCAUUGACUGUAUGUUUGUGUGAGGUAACUUGCUUGUUUUGCACCCCACUUCCUUUUGUUAACGGAAGCAACAGGGGGCGAGACUAAAACUUUACCGAGAUGUGCUAGAACUGUAGUGCAGAAAGUUCCCGUGUCUUUUUGCAUGUUGGUUGAACUGAAGUGGCUUUAAAAUGAGUGACAAGAAAAGACCCUCAUUUGUAAGGCAGUCGUCUACAGAUGGAAAUCGUGGUGGAAGUCUUUUGAGAACACCGAGCCUGGCUGAACGUAAAAACAGUGAUCGAAGCGAUCCUGAUGUAUCUAAAGUGGAAAAUACACUUUACGAUCUGUUAGAAGAAGAGGAGAAUCAAAUUACUAAUCCAUCAUGGAUCCGAGAGAAUAUUCUUAUGAGAGAGUGUACUCGCUUCACUCCGGCACCACCUGAUCCCAAGGAUAGAAAGAGAGAUGAGGACCCCAAGUGCCAGUGCAAAAAGAGGAAGAAGAAACAUCAAGACAGAUUUUUGGAGAACCCAGACCCAAGUGCCAAAUGGAAGGUAGAAACCCACACCCACACAAUUGCCACCAAUGCCUAUGGAGAGAUAGAGUUCAUAGGAGCUGUAGGAGGGGCUGUUGGGCAGAAAGCAAGGAAGUUCAUAAGAGUGGAUUAUGACACCGCUCCAUCCAAGCUUCUCUCGCUCUUUGAAGAUGUUUGGAAGCUAACCAAACCUAAACUCCUCAUCUCAGUGACUGGAGGAGCACAAAACUUUCCCCUCAAUCACAGACUCAAAGAUGUCUUUCGUAAAGGACUCAUCAAAGCCGCUACCAGCACAAGUGCCUGGAUCAUUACGGGAGGCACCCAUGCUGGUGUGAUGAAGUAUGUAGGAGAUGCUGUGAGGGACCACAACCUUGCCAACGGACGGAGCAAUGUAGUCGCCAUCGGUAUAGCAUCAUGGGGAGUAAUCACAAACAGGGAAAAGCUCAUAGAUGACAAUGGCAAGUUCCCAGCUUCCUACAACAUGGAUGCCAAGAAAAGCAAUACAAUGAACGUGCCUCUUGAUCCAAACCACACCCAUUUCAUCCUGGUUGACAAGGGGAGGGUAGACCAGUUUGGUGAGGAGAUAACACUCAGGGGCAAGUUGGAGAAGGCCAUUUCAGAGGAGCAAAUACAAAAAUCCUCUGGAAAACCUGCACCUGUGUCAAUACCUAUCGUAUGUGUGGUCGUGCAAGGUGGACCCAACACCAUUCAGACGGCUUAUGAAGCCAUCCGAAACGGCACCCCUGUCGUUGUAGUUGCUGGAUCAGGGAGGGCAGCAGACAUCAUGGCCUAUGCAUUCCAACACACCAAAGAAUACAAGACGAAGGAAGGAAAGAAAGAAAUAGUGAGGAACGUGAUGCCAGAGACCGUCAGAGUGGAAGUUGCCAAAAUGAUCGAGAAGGAGUUUGGACAGAAACAGUUGGACCUUCACCUUACUCGUAUCGAGGCCUGCAUUCAGCACAAGCAUCUUAUUACUGUCUAUGAACUGGGUGCCAGUGCCACCAUGGACAUUGAUGGUGCUAUCCUUCACGCUCUUCUCAAAGCCAACAAGGGACGGAUUCAGGACCAGCUUCGCCUUGCUCUGAUCUGGAACCGUGUGGACGUUGCCAAGCGAGAGAUCUUCACUGAUGAUCGAGAGUGGGGGAAAGGGCAGCUGGAUGAAUCCUUGCGCUAUGCCUUGUCCAAUAACCAAGUCAGUUUCAUUGAACUUUUCUUGGAGCAAGGGGUCAAUCUAAAGGACUAUUUGACCAUCAAGGAACUGACCAUUCUCUACAAUGAGAUUCGAUCCAAUUCACUCCUGUAUGAGCAGCUGGAGAAACAUAGAGGAAAGUACUCCAAUUACAAGUUCAACCUUGAGCAUGUGGGCAAGGUCAUCCGCGACCUGAUGUUUGAUACCUAUCAACCCCUCUACCUGCGAGAUCCAGGGGUCUAUGUCCUCCUGGAUGCUGACAUCAGGCAGGAUGCGCCUAAACAGAAUGAAGCAUACGAUGACACCGGUGAUGAUGACUCUUAUACCGAUGGGGAAGACCUGGAUGAGAAUGAUACCGGUGCCACGCCUAGGGUCGAUCCAUUUUCUCUACAGGAGGGACUUGCUAGUUUUGGAAAUGCCAUGAUGCCAGCAAGUUUAGCCGGGUGUCGACGCUCAGUCGUUGCGCGUGUUGGAAAUGCCACAAACCCAUUGAAAGAUAUGAAGAAGGGCUUGCAGCCCAACCAGUUUGAGUUUCCCAUGAGGGAGCUAUUCGUCUUUGCCAUCUUGCAGAAUUGGCAUGACAUGGCCAAGCUUUUCUGGGAGGAAGGCAGGGAAUCCAUAGCAUCGGCACUGGCCGGGAGUAAGAUGCUCAAGGGUAUGGCAUCCAAGGAGGAUGAUUCUGACCAGAUAGCUAACAUGGAAGAACAUGCAGCAACCUACGAGGAGCUAGCCAUAGGAGUCCUGAAUGAAUGCUAUAUAGAGGAUGAAGAACGUUCAGCUUUGCUUCUUGUUUGUGAGCUUCCGUACUGGGGAAAUUCUACGUGUCUUAGUUUGGCUGUGGAAGCAGUGGACAAGAACUUCAUUGCACACUCUGGAGUGCAGAGUCUCCUCACUCAAAUCUGGAUGGGAAAGAUCUCGGAUGAGACAAGUCCAUUUCACCUAUGGAUGUGCACUGUAUUCCCUCCAUUGAUAUACUUCCUGGUGAAGUACCGUGAAGAUGAAGGUGAUGAAGAACAAGAAGAGCUUCAGAGGCAGAGCUUGAAGAAGAAAAAGAAGCUUCCCGCUGCCAAGUCAAUAGAUGAUGUGUUUGUUCCUGAAGGUGAUCCAAGUAACAAGGGUCUUGAGAUGGUUGUCCAUCCUCCGUCAGACAACGGAGACAAUGGAAUGGCAAGCCAGACCAUGCUACUUGAGAACAAGAAUGGACAUCCUGCCAAGCCCAAGCCAAGUGAAGAUAAAGACGAAGAUACGUUCAGCCUCAUGAACGCUCGGCUAGAUAUAAGGGACAGUGGCGUGGAUCUGUCCUGGUGGCAAAGAUUCAAGUUCUUCUACGAUGCGCCAAUGAUCACUUUUAGACAUAAUGUGUUGUCCUACAUGGUCUUCUUGGUGCUGUAUAGUUAUGUCAUCCUUGGCAAAUUUGCGAAAGACUAUUUUGAGUAUGUGCUCAUCAUCUGGGUAGUGUCUUUGUUCACAGAGGAGUUUAGACAGAUUGCACAAGGUGAAAACAGCAGCUGGUCGAGCCGCCUUUUAGCGUGGAUCACCGACUACUGGAACAUUCUUGACCUGGUAACGCUGAUCACCUUUGCAGUGGCUGAGAUCCUGAAUUUUGUCGGCUUUACUGAAGCAGGUCACGUCAUCCUCUCCUUGAACCUGACCCUCUUCUUCAUCCGUGCGCUCCAUAUCUUCUCCAUCAGCAAGCAGCUUGGACCCAAACUCAUCAUGAUCCAAAGGAUGAUGGUUGACCUGAUGUUCUUUGUUGCCAUCCUGGCUGUGUUCCUCAUCGGUUACGGGAUUGCAUCUCAAGCCAUCCUCUUUCCUAACGAGACGGAUGUCAGUGUCAUCAUGAGAGGCAUCCUGAUGAGGUCAUACUUCCAGAUCUUUGGAGAGCUCUUUCUUGAAGUCAUUGAAGGUUCUGACUGCACAGACAAUUCCACUCUGGUUGAUGGUGUGGACUUCUUCCCAUGUCCUGAACAUUCCUGGAUUGGCAUUAUCCUCUUAGCUGGUUACAUGAUGAUCAGUAAUGUUCUACUUCUCAAUCUACUCAUUGCCAUGUUCAGUUACACCUUUUCAGCCAUCCAAGACAACACUGACACUAUCUGGAAGUUCCAGCGCUACGAUCUGAUCAAGGAAUACUUCAACCGCCCCCCUCUCACACCACCAUUCAUCUUGGUCUCUCAUUUCUUCUAUGCGGUACGCUUCGUCAUACAACACUGUUGUAGAACUUGCACCCACUGGAAGAUACCUGAACUCAAGCAAUCGUUGACUGAUCAAGAAAAAAGACCCUUGUUCUAUGGGAAGGCAUCAAUGCAGAUAACUACACAGCCAAACAGAGAAUAUUGGUGCAACAGGACCUCAAUGAGAGAGUCAAAGUAGCUGGUGACAGAGUGGAAGACAUGACUAUGAAGCUAGACCAAGUCUUUGACGACGCUGAGAAUCAAAAGGGUAAAGCAGGACCUCUCGGGAUGCAUGGAGGAAAGGGCUUUGAAGAAAGACU